AUGGCAAUUUCUGCUAUCGAAGCUUGUAGAUCAAUCAGAUGCUAUGACCCAGAGUAUGCUAUCCCAAAGGAAGAUAUUGAAAAGAUUCUCAAGGCCGCAUCAAACGCUCCAAGUACAUUGAACUGCCAAGACAUUGAUUUUGUUGUUAUCACUAACAAGAAGGUCUUACAAGACAUUAACGAUCAAGUCUUCGACAAUUUAAAGCCACAAGUCCAACAGAGAUAUAUUGAUAGACAGAUCAGAUACCAUACAAGCCAGAAAAUCAUGUAUGAUUGCUCUGCUUGCAUCCUCCUUGUCAAGAAUGAGCGUGCAACAGGCAUGGAACAAGUUAAUGCAGGUAUUGCUUUGAUGGCCAUCCUUACAGCUGCUACAGAACUUGGUCUUGCAUCUGUUCCAAUGGGUAUUCUUGUUCGCCCAGAAGUCGAAAAGAUUUGCAAUUUACCACAAGGCUCUUUGGUUGUUGGCCUUGGUCUCGGAAAGGCCAGAUCCACAGAUGUUGAUCCAAAGCCUAACUUAAGAAAGAUUUCUUAUAUAGAAUAA